GAGAACGGGCAGAGCAGGAAACACGCAUCACGCGGAGCAGUUUACAUCGGGUUAACUCGUAAAUCUUCGUACGCACAGCGAGAGAGACCCGCGCGCGCUGCUGAAGUUUAUGAAUGAAAAACUUCCGAAACCGACAAGACAUGGAAGUUUUCUAACGGUUUCCUCAACGAUUUUGGACUUUUUGUUUGGUUCAGCUGGUUUAAACGUAACUCUUCUAUUUUUCCCCACUAGUUUUUAUAACAACAGCCGUGUUGCGAUAGAGAUAUUCGGCUUUGCGAUUUGUUGUGAUUCGUUGCAUCGUGGGAAAUCUUUUAUUCGCGUUUCGCUUGAAUGGACGUUUUCUUCUCGGCUUGUUUUGGAAUAAUGCUUUACAAAGCUAAAUAACCCCCACAAGAAAAAGAACACAUUCACACAAGUCGGUGCUCAGUGUAAAAUCCAGAUAAUAUCAAAGGUAGCUCUAUGCUGCUGGUGUUGAUGAUCCAGUGCUGCCCACAGCUGUGUGAAUGAGCUGUCUCGGCCCACACUCCUUGCCCAGCUUCAGUAACAUGGCUUCUCUCAGGAUGGUGAUGUCAUGGCGUAUACUUCUCCUGUGGGUUAUUCUCGCUCAGAUCCCCUGGGCCCACUCACGUCCUGCUGUGACUGACCAAGGUCAUGCAGUAGCAUCUUCAGAGGAUGAAGAUGACGAUGAGUCAUCAUCGGAAGAAAACAAGCCCUCAAGCAGCCAGGAGCUCUUACCAAUGGCACCCCACUGGGCCCAACCUGAAAAAAUGGAAAAAAAGCUUCAUGCCGUACCAGCCAGCAAAACAGUCAAAUUCCGUUGUCAAGCUGAGGGAAAUCCGACCCCUAAACUCCGCUGGCUCAAGAAUGGGAAAGAGUUCAAAAGGGACCAGCGCAUCGGGGGCUACAAGCUGCGUGAACACAUGUGGACUAUAAUCAUGGAGUCAGUGGUGCCCUCAGACAAGGGCAACUAUACCUGCCUGGUGGAGAAUGACUACGGAAGCAUCAAUCACACCUAUCAGCUGGAUGUAGUGGAGCGAUCUCCACACAGACCCAUCCUGUACGCUGGUCUCCCUGCAAACCGGACAGCUGUCGUCGGUAGUGACGUAGAGUUUGUAUGUAAGGUGUUCAGCGAUCCCCAGCCUCAUAUCCAGUGGCUCAAACACAUGGUGGUGAACGGAAGCCAACUCGGACCUGAUGGACUACCUUACGUACGCAUUCUCAAGACCGCUGGCCUAAACACCACCGACAAGGAGAUGGAGGUGCUCCAGUUGAGGAAUGUGUCCUUUGAGGAUGCUGGGGAGUACACUUGCCUGGCGGGCAAUUCUAUCGGGGUCUCCUAUCAGUCAGCAUGGUUGACCGUUGUCAAAGCGCCCACGAAUCCAUCUGCAGUGCCCAGUCAGUCCUACCUGGAGGUGUUAAUCUACUGCGUUGGAUUCUUCCUCAUCUUCCUCAUGGUGGGAAUCACCACCAUCUUCAAAGUUCGCAGCUCCUACAAGAAGAGCGACUUCAACAGCCAGCUGGCCGUCCAUAAGCUGGCUAAAAGUAUUCCUCUCCGCAGACAGGUGUCAGUGGAAUCUAGUGCUUCUCUGAACUCUGGUGUGAUGUUGGUCAGACCUUCACGGCUCUCCUCCAGUGGGACCCCAAUGUUGUCAGGAGUCUCAGAGUACGAGCUGCCCCACGACCCGAGCUGGGAGGUGCCCAGAGAUAGGCUAGUUCUUGGAAAACCUCUGGGAGAGGGCUGCUUUGGCCAGGUGGUGAUGGGCGAAGCCAUCGGAGUGGACAAAGACAAGCCCAACCGUGUGACAAAAGUAGCCGUGAAGAUGCUUAAAUCUGAUGCCACCGAGAAGGACCUGUCUGACCUCAUCUCAGAGAUGGAGAUGAUGAAGAUGAUUGGAAAACACAAGAACAUCAUCAACCUGCUCGGAGCUUGUACUCAAGAUGGCGCUCUUUAUGUCAUUGUGGAAUAUGCUUCUAAAGGAAACCUGCGGGAAUUCCUGCGUGCCCGCCGGCCGCAUGGCAUGGAGUACUGUUACAAUCCUGACCAGGUGCACGUGGAGAGUAUGUCCAUCAAAGACUUGGUCUCCUGUGCCUACCAGGUGGCUCGUGGCAUGGAGUACUUGGCAUCCAAAAAAGUAUGUCAAGUUUUGUCAAGCCAUUUCAUGGGGUCUUUUCAGUCACAAUACAUAUUAACAAGGCCUGAGACAAAUACUUACAAAGUGUAUAUUUGUGUACUUUCUCCUCAACAGUGUAUCCACAGAGACUUGGCUGCUCGUAAUGUACUUGUAACAGAGGACAAUGUAAUGAAGAUAGCAGACUUUGGUCUGGCUCGGGACAUUCAUCACAUAGAUUACUACAAAAAGACUACAAAUGGUCGACUGCCUGUGAAAUGGAUGGCACCUGAAGCUUUGUUCGACAGAAUUUACACGCAUCAAAGUGAUGUGUGGUCUUUUGGAGUUCUUCUGUGGGAGAUCUUCACCCUCGGGGGCUCACCUUAUCCUGGAGUGCCUGUGGAAGAGCUCUUCAAGCUACUGCGAGAAGGUCACCGCAUGGACAGACCCUCCGCCUGCACUCAAGAGCUAUACCUGAUGAUGAAAGACUGCUGGAGUGCUGUUCCCACGCAUAGGCCGACAUUUAAACAGCUGGUAGAGGACCUUGAUCGCACCCUGUCCUUGAUAUCCAAUCAGGAAUAUCUGGACCUCUCUGUGCCCCUGGACCCUAUCUACACUCAGGUCAUCCUGAAUGAACGAAGCUCCACCUGCUCAUCCGAACCGGACUCAGUCUUCUUACGAGAGUCUGAACCCGAAGAUCCCUGCAUCCCCCUGUCAGUUCCCUCUCAACACACAAUCCGUUCCUUCAAAAAAUGCUGAUGGCAGAAAGCACACGGACCUCAGUCACAGAGUAUAUCUGUCUCCCUUUCUGCUUCCCUUUACUCGUAAACUCUACAGGCUUAGAGACUAAGAAGUUCAGCCAGGGCCUUUAUAGCACAGAUACACAAGCAGGAAGUGACAUUUCACACCUGUAGACUCUCAAAAUCAAGACUGAUUAGAACUGCACAGGAGCCUUGGGGUGGCCUUCAAUAGAUUGGUGUUUUGUUGAACUUUUACCUCUGUUUGUCCCCGAUGUUCUUCAAAGGCCUUGAUGUUCGAGAAUGAGAUGUUUCAAAAGCAUCAUCGAAGGGUUUUGUUCAGCAGUAAACUCAAUGUGGUGAUUGUGAAGAAAUAAUUGCAAGUGCUACUCAGUCGAGUAUGCUGCCUUUGUUAAGGUGGUUAAAUUGUACAAAUAUGAAAUUAUAUAAACACUAUUGUUUUAUAUACUAUUAUUAUUUUUGUAUGAGCUUGUUCAUUCCCUACUCUGUUUAAAGGUGAAGUGUGUAAUUUCGGAAUUGCGAAAAUAAUGUUUUCAUACAGGUUUCCGGAUUACUCCACCUGCCAUUGGGUGGAUAAAACAGAUGGUCGGGAUACUCAGACAAACAGAGCAAUGUUUGGAAAGUGCCACAUUGUUUAAACUUGGGGGAAUCAACCUACUAAUGUCUUACAUUUAAUGUCAAAAAAUAUAACAUGUCAUCUAUAAGAAACAAUCUGUAACACAGAUUUAUGGGAUAGUUGCUAUGUGUUGAGAUAAGCUACAAAUGAAAUCUGUUACUCAUCGCUUGCUGUUACGGUCAUAAGUUAUGUAUACAGUUUGUCUGGUGUUGUCCUGUUGCACAAUAUUCCGGUAGUGUGAAUGAAUGUUUAUAAAUUGUUUAUAUUGCCUGGUUAUGAUAAAAUUGCUGGAAUACAGUUAUCUGUUUAGUGCCAGAUGGGGGAUUGACAAUCUCUUGGCAUGAUCCACCAGUUGUAGCCCAUUUCACAUCGUUCAGGCCAGUUUCAAAACAAAGUAUGUCUGUAGGUUCUCUGUGCGUCAUUUUCUCCUAGAAUCUAAAAUGACGGUUUAUAUGAUGAGGAAUUUAUAAAAAAAUAAAAUAAAAAAAUAAAAUAAAAAUUAUUAGGAACUUUUGGAAGAGAAAAGACAUAAAUUAGUUCUCUAAUAGAAUUUAAAUGCUUGUGUGAUUGUUUUACUAUGUUAUGAUGUGAAUUUCGAGGCAGUGGCCAUGCACUUAUAUUCCGGCUACCUAUGAGCUGACUGAUAUUGCCAUUCCUGUGGGAAUAUAAAUAAAAAUGUUAUAUAUAUUAAAAAAAUUAU